AAUAUGAACAACAACGAAAAAUUGGCUGCUUCUAAAACUGGUGAGGAGGUACCACAGGGUAAGAACAGACGAAUCAAGUGCUCGAAAAGACUCGAUUCAGAGGAUGGUUUCAAUACCUUCCUAAGUCCAGCCAUUACACUUAAUACUUUGGCAAGUGAUAGUCUAAAAGCCAACCUAUGUAAGGAAAAGGGAAAUGAAGUUGGUACAAGAUCACGAAAUGACUACUUUAAUUUCACUCUCUUGCCUAAAGUCAACAGCUGUGCACUCGCAUUGAAUUCAGAGAAUCGGAAGUUGCUUAGAAAGUCAAGUCCAAAUCGGGACCUUGUACUCCAAGAUAGGGGUGAACGAGCAAAGGCUAAGCAAAACUUGCCUGUAAAGCAGAAAAGUUCUCGGAUAGUUAAGGAGAAAGAAGUCCCUCUGCGCUCUCCAAAACUACCUAAAUUCCCUGAACUACCUCGGAUGGGCAGGAAGAUGAGUUACUCUACUGAAUUCCGGACUCCAAACCCUAAGAAAAGAAAGUUGAUUUUUCAACCUAGUUCAAGUGAGGUUGCCAAGAGAGGCACUCCUAUACCAUUUUCAAAGAUUUUUCAAAGGAAAAUCUCCUCUGGCCCUCGCUUUGCAAAGGAGUUUAAAGAUUUACCUGCUGACUUAUUUACAGAAAUUGAAAUUAACCUUCCGCUGAGGAAGCGAACCAUGAGUGAAUGCACCAUUAGGUCGUGGUGACCACCCCCUCUGAACCUGUCAAGCAAGGAUAUCGUCCAAGCUCACAUGAAGGAAGGGAUAAAGAAGCCUGGUGAAUGUGAUGAAAUGGAUUCGAUCGAGGAAAAUUCUGAAGGAUCUUCGCAUCCUUCAGAAUCCUUAGCCUCCAUGGUUGGUCUAGUUCCUGAUGAUCUUUUCUAGGCUAAGGCUUUCCUGGCCUAACAACACCAUGUAGGUCUCUAAAUAAACCUUAAUUUUAUGCAUAAUUAUCCAAAAUAUUGAGCUUCUUAGGGUAAAGUUAAUUUUCUCAAAAAGUGUUCGAAUCCAGUUCCCACGGAGUUUCCCAA